UACCUGAGUGCGACUCAAACUUCGUGGACUCAAAGGCGACGAUCGUGUCAGAGACUCACUUGACUAACGACAAAUGCUGUUUUGGGCGGGCGGCGGUAAAUAUUUCGUCAUCGUGCCGUGGAUAUUAUGCUGCUAUUUGCCACGAAAAUAUUCAAUGUUGACACAAGCUUAUGCUCGCUGUAUUUACAUUAGUUUGAAAUCUCAGAGUGAAACGAUGCUUUAACAGAGUAAUUGCGGAUCUCGUUAGUGAAUGAUGGCUCUAGUGAAAGCGAAGAAAAGCCAGUCGCGUCAGCUUUGAUAAAAACUGUGCAAAAAAGGCGCUAAACUUAAAAUUUCAAUGGAUUCGGGCACGUCAACAUGGGUAAACAAAUCAAACGUAUAAUUAUCGAAGAGUUUGCUGUGCGUGGAUUCAAGGACUCAUUUUAAACGGUUGGAACAGUUCAAUUAUUAAAACCGAGAAUGACUUCUUUGAGUAGCUACAAUCACACCAAAAUUGAUUUUAACUCGUGGUUUACAGAAAUUGCUACAAGAAAUGCGACUCAGAAAUCUCUUCAAGCCCUAGCAAUGUCAUUAAUUUUAAUCCUAACGAUUGUGAGUAAUGGAAGUGUUGUUUUGGUCCUUUUGAAGAGCUUCAGCAUUAAAAACGUUCCUAAUAUGCUACUCUUCUUCUUGACUGCUAUAAACCUAGCUAUAGGCAUCGUCAAUAUGCCUUUUGCUGUGAUUUCUAUCGCAAAUGACGGCUGGCUGUUUGGGAGUGUUUGGUGUGAGAUCUCAGGAUUUCUUUGUCAGUUCCUCACAGCCACAUCAAAUGUCAUGGUAACGGUAGUCGCCAUCUAUCGUUACCAAGCGAUUGCAAAUACAUUUUCAGCGCAGAUAACUUACCGAGGGGCUAAAUGGAUUACGGCCUUUGCAUGGUUUUAUUCCCUGGCAUUCACUGUUCCUCCCAUAUUGGGUUGGAACUCGUACCAGUACUCAAGCGCGAAGGGAUUCUGUACUCUGUCGUGGCAAGAUGGCGGUGCUGGUAUGGUUUAUACUGUGGUCUUCAUAAUCUCCUGUUUCACUUUACCUUUCGUUGCCAUCGUAUUUAUGUAUGUAAGAAUUGGCGUGAUCACACGAUACAACUCGAAGACAAUACGAACCAAUCCGACUUCAUCAUCGUCCUUAUCUUCGAGCAAAACUCAGGGUAGCGACGUCACAAGACAUGACAUAAGAGAGCAUGAUGUCACAAGACAUGACGUCAGGCAUAAUGACAUCACAAGGCGUUCCCGUAGCAACCAACGCGUGACGAAACGAACUCUCUCCGGAUCCAGAGAUUCUAUGACCGAAUCAAAGACGAUUGCGAGUGUGUCUUACGUCGUCGUGACGUACGGUUUAUUUUUAGCGCCGUAUUACGUCAUGAACAUUGCAUCGGCGCUAUCCCAAGAUGCCUUGUCGCCGGAAGUGGACUUCACAAUGGCGUUGUUACAUUUUUGUCAUGCGACGGCCGUUGCUGUCGUGUACGGCUUCAACAAUCGACGAAUCAGGACUCUCCUCAAGCAGUUGCCAUGGUGGCCAAAGUGUCCCGGAUGUGUGGUGUCACGUGGUGAUAGAUAUCAGGCAAGGGCUAAUGCAGUUGACUACACAGUUUAAUGCCUCGUAUUGUGCAAAUGAAAAUAACACCAAGACACUGUGAAAAGUUGAUAAGCUUUUU